CCAUAUUUUACUUUAUACGCCGGUUGCGGCCAUUUAUGUCAACAAAUUUGUCAACAUUUUCGGUCGAGUGUACCGGAUCGCCAGGUUUUACAUUGUCAACAUCGUUUCAUCGUUCUGAAGAUGCAAUAACAUCAUCCUAUUUAUUUCAUAUUACUAAAGUACCCUAAACAAUCAUGCCUUUGCCACUGCAACGCGAUUUAUUUCAAAGUGCUGUGGAGCCAAUGCAAGUUGAUGCUCCACCAGAGGAUAAUGACAACAAUGAAGAGGAAAUGUACAUUGUUGAGAACUCUACCUUGGAUUUGGAGGUGUAUGCAAACAGUUACACUGGACUUGCCAAGCUCUAUAGACUUAUGUUUAUUAUCAACCACUGUCCAUCACUUAGAUUAGAGGCUUGCAAAAUGGCAAUAGCAUAUGUAAUGACAACUUACAAUGUGAAUUUGUAUCAGCUGCUGCAUCAGAGGCUGAGCCAAAUGAUGAGUGAUGUUAGUGUACCGGAUGUGGCAGUCCAGUCCACUUCACAGGACAUCCCUGCUUUGGACAGCAUGUGGAUGGAAACGCGCUCAAAGAAAGCUGCAUUGAAGUUGGAGAAAUUGGACAAUGACUUGAAGAAUUACAGAUCUAAUUCAAUCAAAGAAAGUAUCCGACGUGGACACGACGAUUUGGGCGAUCAUUACUUAGAUUGUGGUGAUCUUUCAAAUGCUCUUAAAUGUUACUCACGCGCAAGAGAUUAUUGUACAAGCGGCAAGCAUGUGGUCAACAUGUGCAUGAACGUCAUCAAAGUGUCAGUAUAUCUGCAGAAUUGGUCACAUGUACUCAGUUAUGUUUCAAAAGCAGAGAGCACUCCAGAUUUCACUGAUUUACAGUCAAAGGAUGUGAAUCAGGUGAUUAUUACAAAGUUAAAAUGUGCUGCUGGGUUGGCUGAACUUGCAACCAAGAAAUACAAAUCGGCAGCGAAGCAUUUUCUUUGCGCUCAGUUAGAUCACUGUGACUUCCCGGAGUUGCUAUCGCCGAAUAACGUUGCUAUGUAUGGCGGACUUUGCGCUUUGGCUACUUUCGACCGCCAUGAGUUACAAAAGAGCGUCAUAUUCAGCAGUUCAUUCAAAUUGUUCUUAGAAUUAGAACCGCAACUGCGCGACAUUAUUUUGAAGUUCUACGAAUCGAAAUACGCGUCUUGUUUGAAACUCUUGGAAGAAAUCAAAGAUAAUUUACUAUUGGAUAUUUACAUCGCUCCGCAUGUAAACAAUUUGUAUACUCAGAUUCGUAACCGCGCGUUGAUACAAUACUUUAGUCCGUAUUUGUCGGCGGACAUGCAUAAAAUGGCGACUGCGUUCAAUCGCACUGUGAAUGCACUCGAAGAUGAACUGAUGCAGUUGAUAUUAGACGGACAAAUUCAGGCCAGGAUUGAUUCACAUAAUAAAAUUCUGUUUGCCAAAGAUGUUGAUCAGCGCAGCACUACGUUUGAGAAGAGUUUAAGUAUGGGUAAUGAUUAUCAGCGUCGUACGCGGAUGAUUAUUCUGAGAGCGGCUGUAUUGAAGAACAAAAUUCAUGUUAAGAGUCCUAUACGAGAGAAUACUGGGCAGAGCGGUGAGAUAACUGUGGCUCCUGGAAUGAGUCCAAUCAUCGUCCACAAUGCGUCGAAUCAAUAAUUACGCGAAUAAGUUGUAUAUGGCGAUUUCAGUGUUUUCGUUUUCAAUAAUACACAUUCAAUUCAAUUGUA